AGUCAUCGUUAGAGUUAACGAAGAAGUGAAUCUCUCGCGAAAGAUUUUAAGAAAGUGAGGUUCAGUUUGCGUGACGACGCAUUCAUGAGUCGUAACAAGUUCUUUCAUUAAUAAGAUUUCGAAGUAAUUUGGGUAAAAUGAAAUCCAAGAUAUCUAUUUUAUUAAUAAUCGUUCAUUUGGAAUUUAUUAAGUUAGCCGAAAUUAGAGAUGGCAUCGUGAGAUAUUCGAGUAAUAUCGUGCAUGAAAAUAAAAUGCAUCCAGAUUUAAACGGGAAAAGUUACACCAAUUACCAAUUUGAUGCAACAAAUACAUUACGUAAGAAAAUUUAUGAUGAACCAAAAUUAUUUAACGUAGGAUAUACCAUAACAUUUUCUAACAACCAAGAUGACUUAAAAAAAAAUCCGAAUGUUAGACUUGAUGAUGAUAUAAUAAUUGGUACAAGAUCUAGAGAUGAUGUGAUUACAAUUCCAUCUACGCAAUCACCGUCUACGUCGGAAGAGAUAGUUUUAAAUGAAUUUUUGGAUGGGAAGAAACGGAAAUUAUCCGGGAUAAAACCGAAAUAUUUUCGGCCUUUAACUCACGGUUUGAACCCGAAGCAUUUAAUAGCGCAGGCUAAUUUAUCACCAAAAACUCAAUUAAAAUUGGCCGAACUUCAAAUUUCUGACGCAACAACUUCUAACUCCGUUAUCAAUAACGAAAAUUCUGAAUGGAAACCUUUAAGUAGUGGUGUUGAAAUUUAUCACAGCAAUAACAUUUACUCACCUUCCAAUAAAUUUUAUCAAAUUACUUCUAGGAAUUCUAAAGGCUUCAUUUUUCGGCAAUAAUUUAUCAAUAAUAAUUAUAAUUAAAAAUCUUGUCCAAAUUUUUUAUCUCAAUUGUUAUAAAGACACUUAUAAUUUAUCUUAAAGUAUAAAAGAAUAUGUUACUCGUAAAUAAUUCAGUUGAAUUUGUUUUAUUGUAAAGAAAUUAAAAUGAAAAUAAAAGUAUUAAUUUUA